AUGGAGCACGGCCCCGCGUUCGACAUGUGGAGGGACUACCUGGGGCUGGCCGCCGUGCUGGCCGCGCUGCCGCAGGAGCGCGGGGACGCCGGCGAAGCGGCAUCGUCGGCAUCAUCGCCCGGCGUGCCGGAGGCGGCAUCGGCGUCCCCCGGCAAGGCCCUCUGCGCCUUCUGCAAGCACAACGGGGAGGCAAAGCACGUCUACAGCGGGCACAGCCUGCGGGACGCGGGGGGCCGGGUGCAGUGCCCCGUCCUGCGCAGCUACGUCUGCCCGCAGUGCGGGGCCACGCAGGACCGGGCGCACACCAAGCGCUUCUGCCCCCUCACCCGCCGCGGCUACACCUCCGUCUACAGCCGUGCGGUGCGCAACUCAGCCGGCAAGCGGGCGGCGGGCGGCCACGCCGGCGCGGGAGCUGCUGAGAAGUAG